CGAGUGAGAACCUAAUCGACCAAAAAUCAUCAUCGCCCUAAAUCGAAACCUAAACCUAAAUCGCUUGAUAAUAUGAUCUCUGAAUUUCGGGAUGCUAAGAGUUAUUCUGAUGCGCUUGACGCCUCUCGUAAACGACUGGAGAAAUGCGGUAUGUUCGAUCUCAAGGGUUGUGAUAAUACGCUCGGACUACAGGAAAGGAUCUGUAAUAAAUGGUCUCCUUGUCCUGGCAAAGUCCUCCUGUAUGCUAAGAUGGGCCUUCAUCGUUAUAAUUUGCUGCAGGGUACAAAGUUUCAACUCAUUCGCGUAAAGAAAUACAUUCUCUCAAUAGGUUCUCCUGUUGGCUCUUACUACAUAACAUUAUAUGCAAUAGCUGCUGGCUCUUCGCUUCAAACUUUUCAGACUAGAGUAUCAGAAGAAGAGGGUGGUAAAUUUAUUCUGACGUGCAAGAUUGCAAGAAUCCAAGGGGAAACAAGCCAUAGCAAAAGAGUCAUGUAUAUGGGUACUAGCUUGCCUGAGUGGCCGCCAGAGAAUCCUUUUGAAAAAUGUUACCUGGUGAAGGAAUCAGAGCUGCAAGACAAUGACUGGAUUCGUCUAUAUUUGGAACUUGCUGUUGCCACCACCACCGGUAGGGACUGUGGUCUCUCCAACAAGUUGGAGAUUGUGAAAGUGGCCAUAGAUGACGCACUCAAUGCCAAAAAUGCAAUUAUCUACAUAAGGUACAAUGACUUGUACAAGGCUGAGCUUGGUAAGGAUUCUGAUCGCAUUGCUAUAGUUAGAAGAUCCUUCGAUGAGGAUACGGGAUGCUUCAUGCUCGUGGGUCAGACUCAGAGUUCAGAAAUUAUACCAAAAAACCCUAGUCUCGUCGUUGCUAAUGAGGAUACGGGAUGCUUGAGUCUCAAGGGUCAAAAUCAGUUUAUUAAGGGUUUUGCAGAGAAUAAAAGGAUCAAGUUAAAUCCGACCGGACUUGCAAAUCAAAUCUCUUCAUCUCUAGCUACCUGUGAGGAUCAUCAAGUGGCAAAUCAGCACUCGAGCGAUGUAGAAACUGCAUGAGAAUCGAUGAAGUAACCGUGGCGGUGGUGGUGGUUGCUUGACUCGUCGUCGUCUGCACAAGACAAGAUCCAUUCGAAAGAUAAUUUACCUAUCUAUCAAUGCUGGACUAAGUUAUUUGGAUUGUUAAGUAGAUUGGUUUUUAAAUGUGUUGUGCUUGAAUAAUUAAUCAUAAACAUAUGUUUGCUUAAAAUAUGGGAAGAAUCGGAGUCACUCUUCUUCUUGCUUUUUUUUUUUA